GAAAGUUACUUCUCCAGUGUGGCUCUUAGCUUCAUUUCCACGGAGACUAAGCAUUCAAGUAAUGCACCAAUACGCCAAGAGUGCAGUUCCCUGGCACCAGAAAGAGUUGUGCUGAAGGCGGAGGAAAGAAUGAGCUGUGCAGCUGCUGUGAACAUGGAAGAUCAGGGCAAAGGAGGAGAAAUGAAGGUGGACACUUCUGCUAGCAAGCAUUGUGACUUGACAUUGGCUGAUUUAACGGAUUUAAUGGCUCGUGUUAACACAGCUAUUGCGAGUGAACAAGCGAAUGAACUAGAAGCUCAGUUUGAGGCUAUUCCUCUAAACAUGAUCAGCCCUAAGGACUCGCCAUUUCCACUGGAAACACAGUAUAAGAAUCUCUAUGCGAAUGUAUUACCGAAUGUUGAGACGCUGGUUCGUCUUGAAGAGGAUCCAGUGGGUGAUACAAUCAGUUCUUACAUGAAUGCUAACUACCUGCAGGAUUACUUCGGUAAAAAGAAUGCAUUCAUAGCAACUCAAUACCCUAGCCGAUGGACAGUCGGUGAUUUUUGGAGGAUGGUGUGGCAAGAGAGUGUUGCUGUCAUCGGCAUGGCGACUGAGGUUCCUCGAUGGUAUGAGCGUUAUUGGCCGGAUGCUGAUGAACGAAAAAAAGUCUAUGGCAAGCUGUGUGUCAAUGUCGACGAUGUCACUGAGCACACAGACUAUGUUCUCACUACCAUGACAAUAUGCAUACAUAGCCACAAUGAUGACACGACCACUGCGGCUCAUGUUAGCAAGGAAGCGAGAAUUGUUCGCCAUUUCUUGUUCAAGGGAUGGCCGCGUGUUGGAAUACCUCUGAGUACUGACCCAGUGUUGGACUUCAUUGAUACGAUCGUGGAUGCUAACGUCAACAGUGCGCCUAUUAUCAUUCACUGCAGUGCUGGUACGGGCAGAACUGGAACAUUGGCUGCCAUCAAGAUGGGUAUGCAGCAGUUUGAGGCCACGGGACUGGUCAACCCACUCGCGUACCUACGAGUCCUUCGCUCCUGCCGUGGUGGAAGUGUACAGACAUUCAAACAAUACCUGUUCGUGCACAGAGCUUUGCUGACACACAUGAGGCGAAAUUCAUCACCACCUCUGGAUACAGCUAGUCCACCUGGUGCACUUCCACAAGUGGACAAAGGCUAAAGAUGGUAAACACUAAUCAGUUUGAAAAAAACCCUCAUUAUUAGAUAUUUGGCCGAAGCCGAGAGUCUAAACUGUUAAGUUGCGUUGUAUGUAGGGUUGCAAGGAAUAUUCGAAUAUUCGAAUAUAUUCGUUUGGAAACGCAAUGGAAAGAAUUAAGUUCGUUAAUGAUAUGUACAUGUGUCAGGGAACACGAUAAGGGUCGGACAGUUUUAUAAAAUAUGUUGAGAAAGGGGACCAUGACUCGCAAGAGUAGUGAACAUGACUCCACUGUCUAGUACUUGGUCUACAACGACAGGGGACUAGCCAAACUCUUUAAGAUUUUUUUGGUAUAGAAUAUUCGAUAUUCGAUUCGUUUAGAAAGAUAUUCGAUUCGUUCCGAUUUAUUCGUUUCA